UCCAUGGGCGCCAACUGGGAAGAGUCUGUGGAAUACGCCUAUGACCGAUCUCUCUGAAGAGAGCCUUGCCGCCGUAUGCGCCGAACAACGCUGGAGGACCUACGUCUUAGUCAAUUUUUAAAAAGCAAAACAAAACUCCCUAUGAAAAGAGCAGUGUCUGCGACAUAUCUGGCACUACAGGAACAUUGACAUUUUGAAACAAUUAAUGGAAAGUCGUUCAUAGCGAUAAAAAAUGUAUUUAUUUACGCUCACAGCGUUUAUUCUGAUUCUGAAAACCAUGAGCUUAACUGUUCACGUGACCACAGAUUUUCCUGAAGGAAACCACGUCGGAAAGCUGGGAGUCUCAAGCUGUUUCUGGAAGACAACAAACACGGAGAGAGUCUCAGCAGUGAGCAUAGAGAAACUGAAUGCCGAUACUUUGACAUCUUGCAACUUUUCACCAAUGAAGAAAUGCUCAGAGUCGAAUGCGAAUAAAAGGUACCAGUCCCAGUUGGAUAAAACAAGGCUUAAAGUAAUUGUACAACCAUUAGAACUAACCGACAACGUCACAUUCCUGUGUACUGUGUUUUCGGAUAAAGGGUUGAAGAAGUCGAAACAAUUCCAAUUGUCCAUUGAUAUCGAAGAUGAUGACAAUGUCACAACGACCACUUCCGGCCUCAUUUACACCGGUACAACUAUCAAUAUGACCACCUCCGGCCUCAUUUACACAGGGACAACUAUCAAUAUGACCACCUCCGGCCUCAUUUACACAGGGACAACUAUCAAUAUGACCACCUCCGGCCUCAAGUACACAGGUACAACCAACUCGGAUCUCAAGACAGCUUUCACAACAGGAAUUGAUACUGAGAAUUCCAAAACGCCCGCAAAAGUACUGUCUUCAGAUACAGAGUUGUCAGCUGGAGCAAUCGCUGGAAUCACUCUAGGAAGCGUCGUAGCUGCUGGACUUAUAGCUGGAGGAGUCAUAAUCUUGAUACGGGCUUUCAUUAUUAAAAAAAAUGUGGUGCCGGUACAAGUGUAAGGAUGUGCCUAAAGCAAAAGUCUCAAAAUUGUUUUUUGUUUUUUUUUAAUUUUUUUUUUAAGUCAAUCAA